CGGCUUUAAAACACGACUUGGCAUUGAGGCGACCCCUUGAACUUGUGGGUAAGUCGAUUGACGACGAUAGAGAAAGAUGCUUUGACACAAAAGAGAAAUCGAUAAAUCGAUAAAAAAGAAGAAAUGAAAAACACGUCGAAAAAAAAGACAUAGUGGAGACAUUAUGACGAGAUACCGGUAUGCCUGCUGGUGAAAAUCAGACAGAACCAGCCAGCAAACAAAGGCAAAAAGACAAACAAGAAACAAAGAAAAGCAAUGGGGUGUAGAUUUUCUGUGUGAAUUUUCAACGACUUCCUGUUUCUUCUGCGGAAGAGGAUUCUUCUUUGUUUUCCCGCAUCCAUCGGCUUUGUUACUUACUGUUGUACCGGUAGUCUGACAAAGUCGAAACCCACUUUACUUUUUGCAGGUUGGUUUGAGGUUGGCCGGCUUUUUUGUUUGCGCCCCCCUUGUUCCUUGUUGGUUGUCGUCAGCGUUCCAUACACACCCGAGGGCCAAAACGGAGAUCAAUGUUUUUCAUUUCCAUCAUGUCAUGACAGGUUCGUUGGAUUGGUACCUACCACCUAGGUAGCACCUAGAGUAGGUCGGUACCUCACUACGCUAUCCCAUCCUACCUUACUUACCUUAGGCACCUAGGUACCUACCUACACACACGUCCAAGGUACUGUACCUACCGACCUGCCUCUACUCCGUACCUGUCGUACCUGCCCUUAACACAUCAAUAAACCUAAUUCAUCCUGGCCCGUGUGUACACUCACUUCCUUUACACCCGGGAUGCUACUCCAUCUUUGUUUGCUUUGCUUCCCCCCUCUCUCCAUCUACUGUAUCCCCACCCCGUUUACAAAAGCCGACCCAACCAGGUUUAAAGACGACACCGACUUGUCUUCACCGCUCCAACCCGAGACCCCUUGCCACAACACUCUUUCAGCCAAAAUAAAAAAUAAAAAAAAUAAAAAAUAAAAAAAUCACCGUUGCAUUAUUUUCCGCAGUGCAUAUUCCCACAUGUUCUGCAUCAACACCGCUGCUUCUUGUUAGCUUUAGUUGGGCUUCCAAUCUUGACUAGGUCUAGAAAAAGAACUUGGCACAAUAAAGCCCAAGCUGAGCUGUCAUCUCUUUCCGAGCCUGAAUUGACCUGACCUGACCUGGCCUGAACCGAUCAGACCAGACCCCUUGCGCCAAGGGCUAGUCGCACGCACCCCCUCCUCCUCAUCAGCCUCGUUAUUUCACCUUUCUCCAACCGGCGCCCGCCGACCUACUUUAGUCCGCCAUCUUGGGUCUUACCCUAGCGUCCGAGCUCCUGGUGAUUUUGUUCUUCCUGAUGGUUCCCUCACUUUAAAAACACUCUCACACACAGACGUUCACACAAAGAAAAGAAUAAAGCUCCCAGGAUUCUCGUGUUCCACCAAAUCUUCGUCUUAUUCUGCUGCAGCAACGCUUCUUCUCGUAUCUUGCUAGCUGCUACUACUUUCUCUCUUUUCAGCCAGUCAGUCAGUCGAUUCUUCGGCUUGGGCAAACUGUACAUACAUAUAUGGACCCUCUUUCCCCUCUCGCUUGUCUUCAGAACUGCGGACCACCACCUUAGUUUUAAACUCCCGACACCGAUAUUUGCCAUUAACUUGAUAAACAAGCUGGGAGGCACUUUACUCUCCCCAAUCGACCUGUUAGAGCUCAAGGAUAUCUCCGAGAAAGAGACUGGAGUGAGAGUGUGAAAAGACACUCGGAAAUAUACCCAUAGCACCGCUAUAUGUGGGCAGCUUUUCGGAGGGAUAUGAGCACCAACUCGGUCCUCGAAUUAAGCGAGCUUGGCUAGUUGAGGAAUCCACCUGGAGGGAAGAGCAAUCGUCGACGAAGAAAUCCAAACGCGGCAGACCGACAGACCAGCAAAAUGGCAUUUGAUAUGCGUUCAAACAUGUCUCCAUCUUUGGCCAAGAAGGUCGUCGACGAGGACAUGUCGGACGAUGAGUUUGACUUUGACGAGGAGUACUUCAUGAGGACCUACAAGCCGCUUUCGAACUUGCCUACUCCCCCGCCGUCUUCACAAAACUCCUCGGCCGCUCUCAGUCCUAUGUUGCUGGAGAUGCAGGACGGUGAGAUGCGGGACCCAGCAUUCUUUGGAGCUGCUGUUCAUCUAGUCAACCUUUUGCCCCCGGCCGCGUCUUUGGCAACGCCGUCGGUUCCUAUCGUCCAUGCCAUUCUCACCCGAUCUGACUUGCCAUUGCAUACCGUGGCUUUAGCCGUAUGCAUCAUGGACUCACUUGGUAGCAAGUUUCCUAGGGCUUGGAGGACGUCUUGUCCCUUGAUGCCUAUGGGCCCCGACUCCGACUUCGAUGUGGAUCCCGAUUACACGCACACGAACGGACAUAUGGAACAGCGCACGCGCCUGCAGCACAUCGACUCGGUCUCGCCGGAACUCAUCGUCCUCGCCUCGUUGGUUGUCGCUGCCAAAUUUACCGACGACUCUCAGGAAUCAACCCGAUGGUAUGCUGGGGCUUGGGGCAGCUGGAUGUGGUCAUGUGACCAGAUCAACACGACGGAGCGAUGCAUCAUGGAGAACCUGGGCUACCGGAUCAUGCCCUUGACUGCCCCGGACAUCCUCGAUGAUGCCAUAACAGACAUGGCCAGAGCCGCGAAAUCGGCAACAAGCCACCCAGGCUGCGGUAACAGCAGCGGGUCGUCGUCGUCAUCGUCACGGGGAGGAUACGCAACACCGGUUACACCUGCCAGCAGCUGCGAUGACCGGCAGCUUGGGGCUCACCCAUAAACAUCGCUUCGAAUAAUUACCGUCUUUAUCGUCGUCGACGCCACUACUGCCACUGUUAAGGAAUGGCUGUUUCCACCGAACCGCGAUAUUUAUCACGAACAUAAUUUUCCUAAUCGGCUUUUUUCUUGUCUUGGGCAGAGCAUCAGCGGCGUGUUGGGUUUUAAAUACUGGUUUACUUUUAUUUUUAAUCAUGGAGUUUCGGGCAUCUUGAUCAGACCAUAUAUGGGCGUUUGGCGGUCUUUAUUUCUCGUCAUUUACUACAUUUUGUCCGAGUUUGCAACAUCAUACCCCCUUCUUGUUUCAUUACAUGGCGUUUUUCCUGUCGUUACAAAAAGACUUGGUUGGGCUACAUUUCCUUAUUGCAUUUAUUGUUUCCUCCGUGCCCCGAUGAUGUGUUAGUCGGGCAUUGGCACCUGGAGUGAGACAGACAUGAAAAAAUGCCAAGAAAGUGCCCUUUGGUUAGUUGGCUACUGGCGGCACAGGACAGCAUAGCACAGACUUGGACACAGCAACAGCACACUGUAUAUGGUCUGCCCUAGGUUGGCAUACCACUAGGACGAGUUUUUUAAAUCAUAAUUUAGUCGCACGUCACGUCCGA